CGGUGACGUCACGCGGAGGGGCGUCCGCGAGCGCGGUCAGCCGAGCUCGAGAGCUCACGUGACCCGAGCCGUAGCUCCACAAACAAUUAGUUAGAGUUGUGAAAUUAGUUAGAGCUUUUAGUGCCGCUUGGACAGGCCGGGGAGCCUUUAUUGGUGACCUUUUACAAAUGUGCGGGUCACCUUCUCGACAGCUGUAUACCUUUGUAUCGAAAAGUUUGCGAACACACGCAUUUUUACUACAGAAAGUAGGCUUUUUUUUUUUUUUGUAGAGAGCUAGACGAAGCCGCUGCCCUGCGGACGUCGUAGCAGAGUUUGUAGCAGCACUGCAGCGAGCGCCAGGACCACAGGUUACAAUACAGUUUUGACUUCCAAAGACUUGACUUUUUCAACAUGCAAUCUACAAAUGUUAAUUUUCAUGUUCCCUAUGAAAGGCUUGUGCCCUUGGAAGUAUUACAGGAUGUGCAGUAUCGCCAGGAGGCACAGAAGUUAUACAAGUGGGGACUGUUCACCUGUCUGACAACCCUGCUCCUGGCUGUCAUGUAUCUUCAGUCCAUGUAUAUGCAUCUGCCCACUUCUGUGCUGGAUUCACCUACACAUGGCUUUUCAGUUUCCCGUCACAACAGUUGCACUGAUCCCUGUAGGAUUGUUCUUGUUGAGAGUAUUCCAGAAGGAAUGGAGUUUAACUGCAGCACCAACCCUUCAAUCUUUCAAUCCUGGCUGAACCUGAUUGGUGAGGCACGGAGCAGCCUUGACAUUGCCUCCUUCUAUUGGACACUGUCCAACAAAGAUACACACUCUGAUGACCCCACAGCCUACCAGGGUGAAAGAAUUCUGAAAGAACUGAUCCAACUGUCAAGCAAUGAGACUGCAGUGUCUGUUCGAAUUGCGGUGAACACCCCACAGGGAUCUCAGCCAGUGGAAGAUCUAAACAUUUUAAUGCAAGCAGGUGCUGAUGUGAGGAAAGUGAAUAUGCGGGAUCUCACUACCGGAGUUCUGCACACUAAGUUUUGGAUCGUGGACAAGAAACACAUCUAUAUAGGGAGUGCCAACAUGGAUUGGCGGUCCCUAACCCAGGUAAAGGAGCUAGGAGUUGUUGUGUACAACUGUAGCUGUUUAGCUGCAGAUUUGGAGAAGAUUUUUGAGGCCUACUGGUACUUGGGCCAGGAAGGGAACACCAUCCCUUCUCAUUGGCCAGCCAGUUAUGCUACUUCUUACAAUAAGGAAACUCCACUAGAGCUCCAGUUCAAUGGAACCUCCUCCACUGCCUACCUAUCGAGCUCACCCCCAUCACUUUGUGCGGAUGGAAGGACCCAAGAUCUGCAGGCUAUCCUCAGUGUUAUUGAUGAUGCCCGAGAAUUUGUCUACGUAGCUGUAAUGAACUACAUACCAACCCUGGAGUAUUCGCACCCUAAAAGGUAUUGGUCAGAUAUAGAUAAUCAGUUGCGACGUGUGGCAUACGAGCGAUCUGUACGUGUUCGCCUCCUCAUCAGCUGCUGGAGUCACUCUCAGCCAUCCAUGUUCCCCUUCUUGCGUUCCCUUGCUGCUGUUCAAGACCGAACAAGCAAGCUGGACAUUGAGGUGAAACUCUUUGUUGUGCCACCAACUUCAAGCCAGAAGAACAUCCCUUAUACCAGAGUCAACCACAACAAGUAUAUGGUCACAGACAAGGUGGCCUAUAUUGGAACCUCAAACUGGUCAGGAGACUACUUUGUGAACACGGCAGGGUCAGCGCUGGUAGUGAACCAGACUGCAACCCUAUCAACAGAGCUCACAGUCCAGGAACAGGUCCAGGCUGUGUUUGAGAGGGACUGGGACUCCCCCUAUAGCACCUCGCUUACCCAGCACACAGACAUCAAAAAACUGUGCAGUGCUAAACACUUUCACUCUUAGAUCUACCUCCAGGCCGUUUAUAGAGGACAAAGAGCAUUUGGAGCUCACAGUGAUGUGAGACUUUACCAUUGACUCUGCUUUUUCUUUUUUUGUACACCAUUAUAUUUGUCUGCACGGCCCUGUUGCUUCAGGGGCGACAUGCCUUUAUGAUUAAUCAUGUUCAGUUAUAACUUUUCACUUAUUACAACUUUUUCAGGGUAAUUAGCAGACAUAAAUAUUUUAAGGAAAUGGUAUUUUGCUAUAAAAUGGUAAUGGUAUUUUAAGUCACUUUAGACAAAGGUGUCAGGUAAUAAAGAAUAGCAAUCAGGCAAGCCUAACUUAAUAUUAGCAGUUGGGUGAUGUAGGUGUUUCUUAGUCCCAUCACACUGUUUAGCAGUACAAUUAGCCAGCAGUUUUUGGUUGUUCACAGGAGAAUUUCAGGAAGUAGUACUCUUUAGUUGCAUGAACCUGCAAAUUUUAUUUUUUUGGGAUCUGUACACUACACAAGUCAGUUAAAUGUUCUUGUGUGAAACACUUCAGUAUACUCAGAAUUCAAAGCACACUUAGUUCCAACAAAAAUGUAUUUGCACAACACUGCCUGUCAGCAGAAAUUAAAUAUGAAAAAAUAUAAUAGAUUUUACAUUGGCUGUUAAAUGUUUGUAUUUCCAUGACUGGGAUGUACUGUAAGCCAACAUGCUGCUCCUGCUGUGCUGUAGUAGUUCCCAGAGAUGUAGUGCAUGUGUGGAUUGUUGUGAUUGGACUCUUCUGCCCUGACAUGUUUGUUCCGUACAGGUAUUGCCCAUGCUGCCUUUGUACUCACUUUUUACUGGUACUGUAAAUCUGGUAGACUGGUACUCUUCUAAUUAAGACUGUCUUAAGAGACCUCAGGAAGAAUUUAAAC